AUGCGGAAUACUUCUCAUGCCAGCCCACUAAAGGAGCGACAAUUCGAAAGCUUGGUCCAAAAGACAUUGAAUCGAUGGCACGUACCUGGGAUGGCUAUCGCCAUGGUGGAUGGUGAUCAUACCUGGGCAGAAGGGUAUGGGCUUGCGAGUCUGCCUUCCACACCAGUCACCCCCUCGACUCUUUUCUAUGGGGGCAGCACAACCAAAGCCUUCACAGCGGCUAUGCUAGCUAAGGUUACGGAGGAUCCCGCCACAAAGAUCCGAUGGGACACCCCUAUCAGUCAAUUACUCCCUGGAGACUUUGCCUUAUCAGAUAGAUGCACUGGGAACCAGAUUACCGUUGAAGAUGCGCUGUCGCAUCGAACCGGGCUCCCUGGUCACGACCACGCUAGCUCUCGCACCAGUGUCCGGGAGAAUGUUCGUCAACUCGCCCAUCUUCCGCUAACAGCUAAGCUCCGUACCCGGUAUCAAUAUAAUAAUCUGAUGUAUGUAGCGGCUUCACACAUUAUCGAAGCUGCGACAGGCCAAUGGCUGGGUGACUGUCUAGCUCGCUCUUUCUGGCAACCACUUGGUAUGACCGGCACUUACUUCUCCUUGAAAGAUGCACAAGCUGCUCCUGAAACACUGGCCCGAGGCUACUACUACUCUGGCCAUGGUGGUGACAAAGAUGGCAUCUACCAUGAAGUAGAUUGGAUGCCACUGGAGGAAGUAUCCGGUGCUGGGUCAAUCAUCACCAACGUCCUCGACUACGCUAAAUGGGUACAUACUUUACUCCGACCGCAAAUCUUCGUUGAGAAAAACAUCUUCCAGAGCCCAGAAACCUUCCACCAGCUAUGGGAGCCACGAACCCUGAUACCUGCGGCGGCUCCCUUCACGGGUCCCCGCGCAUAUGCUUUAGGCUGGAUAACAGAAUGUUAUAUGGGUUUCCAGAUAUAUGAGCACACCGGCAGUAUGAAUGCAUUCGGCGCGCAAUUACUUCUCGUCCCUGAACUCGAGUUUGGUGUUAUAAUUCUGGCAAAUACGCCUAAAACAUCUAAUUAUGCUGCUCAGCUCCUCGCCUUUCAUCUUCUCGAUGAACGCCUCGGUAUCCCCAAGCCUCAGAGGUUCGAUUGGGAUCGAAGAAACUGGGCAGUGAUUGAGAAAGAAAAACAAUGGGUGGCUGACAAAAUUGACUAUCGCCCGCCGGUUGUUCUCCCGCUCUCGUUACCAUUGGAAAAGUAUGUUGGCACAUACACUCAUGCGGGCUAUAAGGAUAUCACCAUAUAUUUGGGCAGCGAAGGUGUUCUGCGCGCCGAUCGAAAGGACGUGACUUGGCCAGAAUCCAUCAAUUUCAAGCAUGUAACCGGUGAUCAUUUCCUGAUGGUUUCAACGCACAUUGAGGAUUUUGGGGCUUUUUGUCCUGAUGUCUACGAUGCCGAGUUUCGAAUUAGCGUGGAAGGGAAGGCCUGGAGUGUGGGGAUUGCCUGGGAGAGAGCAAUGGGAGGUGAAAUGAUCUGGUUCGUGAAGAUCUAG